AUGUGCUCGCUCGUGACCCUGGCCGUCGCAGCAGUGGCACUGCGCGCCGGGCCAAUACCUGCUCUUCCGCGGCCCGUAACUUUGGCGGCCGAUGCGCGUGUCAAGCAUGUCGCUGCGGUCGCUCUACACCCGCUGCAGCCAGUGGUGGCCCGGCCAUCUGGCCUGUCCGGCCUGCGCUGUGGCCGCUGUGGCCGUCCCGUGCUGUCAGCGGCGCCCGCAAAGAAGGUCAAGACACCAUGGAAGACCCUCCUCUCCCUGUGCAAGCCCGACGCCGCUCCGCUCGUGACGGCGUUCGUGUGCCUCGCCGUCGCCGCGUCGGGCGACGCUUUGCUGCCUGCCCUGCAGGGCGCAGCGCUCAACGCGGCGCUUGGGCUCGGCACGGACGCCGCGGGCUCUCUCGCUCAGCUGCGGCCCGCCCUCGUCCGCCUCGCCGCGGUCGGGCUUGGCACAGCCGUGUUCACCGGCAUCCGCGGCUUUUGCUUCUGGGCGUUCCACGACGAGCAAGGCCCUGGCGACCUGUCGACGCGCCUCGCCACUGACUGCGUCAAGCUGGGAGACGUGCUCUCGCUCAACGUCAACAUCGUGCUGCGGCAGGUGCUGCAGUCCCUCGCGGGCAUGGCGGUCGUGCUGCGGCUGAGCGGCCGCCUGGCGCUGCUCGUCGUCGCGGGCGCGCAGCAGGACCGGCUCGCAGCUUCGUCUGGCGUGGCGGAGCAGUGUUUCUCGCUCAUCAAGCUCGUCCGGUCGCACGGCAGCCAGCGGAGCGAGCGGCGGCG